CUGCGCAAACCAUGCAGGAUGAUUUACUGAUGGACAAAAGCAAAGCCCAGCCCCAGCAGCAGCGGCAGCAGCAGCAGCAGCAAGAUCCAAACUCAUCAGAAGCCCCCUCUACACCCAUCUCGUCGGAGACACCCAAACCAGAAGACAACAGUUCAGUGACUAGUAUCGGCACAUCGGCUCCUUCCCAAAAUAGCAAGGAGAAGAUGCAAAUGGAGUCUCCCAUUUUGCCUGGCUUGAGCUUUCACCAGCCUCAACAAGAACCUGCAGCCGGCACCUCCUUGUCUCCCUCCUUCGGCAGCACCUGGUCUACAGGGACCACAAACACGGUGGAUGAUAGCUUUUUCCAAGGGAUUACUCCAGUCAAUGGGACAAUGCUUUUCCAGAAUUUUCCGCACCAUGUCAACCCUGUAUUUGGUGGCACUUUCUCGCCUCAAAUUGGCCUAGCUCAGACUCAACACCACCAACAUCAGCAGCAGCAGCAGCAAGCUCAGCAGCAGCAGCAGCAGCGGAGGUCACCUGUAAGCCCUAAUCAGGCACCUUUCGCCCAGAGAAAUGCUGCUUACAGCCAUCAACCCAUCAUGACCAGCAAACCGUCUUCCUCCUCUGCCUCCUCUUCUUCCUCCUCCAGCUGGAAUAACCAUCAAAAUGCGGCUUGGAGUACACCUUCCAACCCUUGGGGUGGGCUGCAGGCUGGUAGGGACCCUCGAAGGGCAGUUGGAGUGGGGGUCGGCGUGGGAGUGGGGGUCGGCGUACCCUCCCCCCUCAAUCCCAUUUCACCCCUUAAAAAACCAUUCUCCAGCAAUGUCAUUGCCCCUCCGAAGUUCCCACGGGCUGCACCCUUAACCCCCAAAUCCUGGAUGGAAGACAACGCGUUCAGGACGGACAAUGGCAACAAUCUGUUGCCUUUUCAGGACCGGAAUAGGCCCUAUGACACUUUUAACUUGCACUCUUUGGAAAAUUCCUUAAUGGAUAUGAUAAGGACUGAUCAUGAGCCUCUGAAAGGUAAACACUACCCUCCCAGUGGCCCACCAAUGAGUUUCGCUGAUAUAAUGUGGAGGAAUCAUUUUACAGGGCGUAUGGGAAUAAACUUCCAUCAUCCAGGAACAGACAAUAUUAUGGCUCUUAAUACCAGGAGCUAUGGGCGGAGAAGAGGUCGGUCUUCACUCUUUCCUUUUGAAGAUGGCUUCCUAGACGACAGUCAUGGUGAUCAGUCUUUAUCAUCGGGUCUCAGCUCUCCAACACGCUGUCAGAAUGGUGAAAGAGUGGAACGCUACUCUAGAAAGGUGUUUGUUGGAGGUCUUCCUCCUGACAUUGAUGAAGAUGAGAUCACUGCCAGCUUUCGUAGGUUUGGACCUCUUGUGGUGGACUGGCCUCACAAAGCUGAAAGCAAGUCGUAUUUUCCACCUAAAGGUUAUGCCUUUCUGCUGUUCCAGGAAGAAAGCUCUGUACAAGCUCUGAUAGAUGCCUGUCUGGAAGAAGAUGGGAAACUUUACCUGUGUGUGUCAAGUCCCACAAUCAAGGAUAAACCAGUGCAAAUUCGACCUUGGAACCUAAGUGACAGUGACUUUGUGAUGGAUGGGUCUCAGCCUUUGGAUCCAAGAAAAACUAUCUUUGUUGGAGGAGUUCCACGGCCCCUCCGAGCUGUUGAAUUGGCAAUGAUUAUGGACCGUUUAUAUGGAGGUGUCUGCUAUGCUGGCAUUGAUACAGACCCAGAGUUGAAGUAUCCAAAAGGUGCUGGCAGAGUGGCUUUCUCCAAUCAGCAGAGCUAUAUUGCUGCUAUCAGUGCUCGCUUUGUCCAGCUCCAACAUAAUGACAUUGAUAAACGGGUGGAAGUGAAGCCAUAUGUGCUGGAUGAUCAGAUGUGUGACGAAUGCCAGGGCACUCGCUGUGGUGGAAAAUUUGCUCCAUUCUUUUGUGCCAAUGUUACCUGUUUGCAGUAUUACUGUGAAUACUGCUGGGCAAGCAUACACUCUCGUGCUGGGCGAGAGUUCCACAAACCACUGGUAAAGGAGGGAGGUGACCGGCCCCGCCACGUCCCGUUCCGCUGGAGCUGAACCCCAGGCCUUACCCAGCAACAAGUACUGGAGUAGAUAAAAAUCGAGUGAAAAGAGCGCGCUGCCUCAGGGCUUAGUGUUCUGGAAAUCUGUGCAUUCGUCCUCGACUUUAAUGAAGAUAUGGGUCUUUUUAUUACUAUUAUUAUUAUUUACAGUCACAUUACUGAACUCAGUGUCCAGUAUAAUACCAACCGGCAGA